AUAUCCCUGUCUAUCUAUGGUUUUAUCGUGGGUGGGUUGUGUUGUGUAUCUGCACGAUACAAUUUUUUUUUCUCAGUAAAACUAAAUAAUUCAUGUAUUAGACCUAUAUAUAUAUUGUGAUAUUUAAUUAGGUGGCUCUAUAUUAUUUAUUAUAUUUGGUUAUUUACCUUAUUGGUUCCUGAUCUUCUUGAAAUUUGAGAACACUUUAGAGGAUCCAACAAAAAAAAACUUAAAAUGGGCGCAAAAUCACUAGCACUAUCAUUUCAUGUAAAAGCAGAAUGUAAAGUAUCCAAAGCUCGCACUGGGCUGAUGAAGUUGCCUCAUUACGAAGUUAAAACUCCUGUAUUCAUGCCUGUUGGAACGCAGGGAACAAUGAAAGGACUUUUACCUGAUCAACUUGAAAAUUUGGACUGCGAGAUAAUACUAGGCAAUACCUAUCAUUUAGGGAAUAGGCCAGGAACAGAAGUCUUGACAAAAGCUGGUGGACUUCAUAACUUCAUGGGUUGGAACAGGGCACUGCUGACAGACUCUGGAGGUUUUCAAAUGGUAUCACUUCUCAAAUUAGCUGAAAUAACUGAAGAGGGUGUCAAAUUUAGAUCGCCCUAUGAUGAUUCUGAGAUCAUGUUAACUCCAGAGAAAUCUAUUGAAAUUCAAAAUUGUAUAGGUGCUGACAUCAUUAUGCAGUUGGAUGAUGUUGUUCAGACAACAUUCCAAGAUUAUGACCGUAUAAAGGAAGCUACAGAAAGGACAAGCAGAUGGCUAGAUCGCUGUCUGGCUGCACAUCAGAGGCCUACAGAACAAAGCAUAUUUCCUAUAGUUCAAGGAUUGCUAAACCCAGAAUUAAGAUCUCAGAGUGCAAAAGAACACAUGACCAAGGAUGUCAAUGGAUUUGCCAUUGGAGGUUUAAGUGGAGGUGAAGCUAAAGAUGACUUCUGGCCAAUGGUCAGCUUGAGCACAGGAAUACUUGACAAUAAUAGGCCCAGGUAUCUGAUGGGCGUUGGUCUGGCAAUAGACCUUGUAGUCUGUGUUGCUCUUGGAGUAGAUAUGUUUGACUGUGUUUUUCCUACCCGCACUGCAAGAUUUGGCUGUGCUCUUGUUUCAAAUGGUCAAUUGAAUUUAAAACAAAAACAAUAUGAAGCAGAUUUAAAUCCCAUUCAAAAGGAUUGCACAUGUUCAACUUGCAAAAACUACACUCGGGCAUACUUGCAUAGCAUAGUGACAGUGGAAACUGUUGCUUGUCACCUUCUCUCAGUGCAUAAUAUUGCUUAUCAGAUGAACCUAAUGAGAUCCAUGAGAGAAAAUAUUGAAAACGGGACAUUUCCCCAGUUUGUCCAAAAGUUUGUUAGUGAAUAUUUCACCGAUUGUGAGUACCCAAAAUGGGUUAUUGAAUCAUUAAGUUCAGUUGGAAUAAACUUGGUUAAAAACUAUUCAACUGUUUCCUUGAAGCUGUUCCUUCCAUUAUUAAGUUAGUCUUACAGAUAAAGAAUAAUUAAAUGAAGGUAAAUAUGAUAAGCUAUUCAAUCAGAGACACUAACUACUCUUUGAAGAUCUCAGAAAUAAAAGCUGGAAGUAACACCAGCUUAAUAUUCUAAGGCCCAAACAUGUGGCUCAUGGAACUAAAACAAAUGAUAACCAAAAAGCAUAUAAAUAAAAGUCCUCUGUUUUAAAAAGUGUUGUAAAUGUUUAUAUUAUUGCAGUAUUACAUAAAGUCAUCAGAGUCAUUCCCAUCAUAGUUAGUAGACAUGUUUUCUGGUUUCAUUAGAGUGGAGUAACUUCUUAACUCUGCCUCCUCCUUCUUUCUUUUUUCUUCUUCCUUUUCCUUAUCUUUCUUUUCUCUUAAAAGUUUCUUCUUAUCUUCUCUUUCUAAUCUGUCUCUAGUUUCUCUUUCUAUUC